CAUUCUCUCUCUCUCUCUGGCUCUCUGUCUCUCUUUACCAACUAUUUUUAAAGCUUGUUUUUUCUCUCUGUCAGAUGAAAACACUUGACAUGGAUACUACCUCAACCUUAACCCCUCAAGAAAUGUCCUCCAAGAGGCACUUCCACUGGACCAACAAGGUUGGAAAUGAAGACGGUGAAGUUCCCACCUCCGAAACAAUUUCCAAAAUCAUAGACGAGGAGACAAAAAAAGAGGAUGAUGACAACAACAAGGUUGUUCCAGGACGUGCAGCCACUUCCCAUGCAACAAGGAGAAAGCUUCAGAACGUGGCAAUUUCAAGGCUUCGUUCUGUUCUCACUGUUUUUGGCAAGAACCGCUCCAACCUACCACCCUCUAGCCUUGGUUCUCGAGUUGUGGGCACCCUCUUCGGGCACCGUCGUGGCCAUGUAAAUUUCGCGUUUCAGAAGGACCCAACUUCCAAACCUGCUUUCCUCAUCGAGCUUGCAACACCAAUCAGUGGUUUGGUUCGUGAAAUGGCUUCUGGGUUGGUACGAAUUGCUCUGGAAUGUGAUAAGGAGAAAGAAGCAGAGAAGAAGGUUGUGAGGUUGCUACAGGAGUCUCAGUGGAGGACAUACUGUAACGGCAAGAAGUGUGGUUUUGCUACCAGAAGAGAAUGCGGAGCAAAAGACUGGGAUAUCCUGAAAGCCGUGGAACCAAUUUCAAUGGGUGCUGGCGUUUUCCCAGGGAAUAAUGAUGGAGCUGAAGCAGGUUCUGAUGGUGAAAUCAUGUACUUGAGGGCUAGGUUUGAGAGAAUUGUUGGGUCUAGAGACUCUGAGGCUUUCUACAUGAUGAAUCCUGAUAGCAAGGGAGCACCUGAGCUCAGUGUUUAUUUGCUUAGAGUCUAGCAGCUAUCCCUGGAAGUUGUGUUUAGUUAUACUUAUUUUUAUUUUUAUUUUCCUUUUUUUAGUUUUUGUUCUUUGUGGAUUUGUAACUGUAGGUUGUUCCUAUAUUACUUGUUUAGCUCUUCAAUCAUGAAAAUGGAGACCUAGUUCUCUCCUCUUCUUCCCGGAGGGAGUAGAAGAAGUGGGGUUUCUGUUUUUUUGUUAGUAUAGGGCGGGUAGGCUAAAGGCAGAAAGGUGGGAAAUUGUUGGCAACACAAUACUUUACUGUAUGAUGAUGAUGGGGGGUGGGUCAUGAAAGGUGUAUAUGCAUAGUUUUCUUUCCAAUCCUUUAAUUAGUGAUAUG